CAAAGUUAUAAAACCCCGCCCAUUUCUACAAUUUAUAUUUUCAAAAUGUGAUUUUAAACCUAACCUAAACCUUAAUCACACUGAUAACGUUAUGCCUAACCCUGACCUUAAGUUAAGACCAAAGUGCUCAUUUUGUUCUAAUUAAUUUUUACGAUACAGCCAGUUUUGUCUGUGGCUGUGGUAACUAGUGGAAACCCAGAAAGGUUGGUUGUUGUUGGCAGCUCCUGUUUUGAUUUACUAAGCAUUCGUCUGGAGAACACUUUUGACCCUGGAAAUACAAAAAAAACUAUCGUCAUUCUGGUUGGUAUUCAGAAUCCGCAGUGGCUUGCAAGCACAGCUUCUCGAGUGCAGCGCGGUCAAAAGCAGAAUUGGCCAAAAUGAUGUCUGAAGAAAGCGCGCCUAUGAGGCACAUUGAUCUUGGGUCUCCUCCUCCUCUGGAACCACCAGCGGCUGGUUACAGGUUCCCCGGCCCUCCGCCACCCAUCUACUCCUGCACUCUGACCCCUGAGCUGGUAGCCAAAGCCCGGGAGGAGCUACAGGAGAAGCCAGAGUGGAGGCUGAGAGACGUGCAGGCCCUGAGGGACAUGGUGCUGAAGGAGCAGCCUAACCUCCGAACCAGGCUGGACGAUGCCUUCCUCCUGCGCUUCCUACGGGCCAGGAAGUUUGACUAUGACCGUGCCAUGCAGCUUCUCCUUAACUACCAUACCAGUCGGCGGGCCUGGCCUGAGGUCUUCCAGGACCUGAAACCUUCCACUAUCAAACAUGUGUUAGACCUGGGCUUCCUCACUGUCCUGCCCCAUCCAGACCCUAAUGGACGCUACAUCCUCUGUCUCAGACCUGGAAAAUGGAAAGCGAAUGAUUAUCCAUUUGAGGACAACAUCCGGGCAAUUUACCUGACUCUGGAGAAGCUGAUUCAGCCAGAGGAGACUCAGGUGAAUGGGAUCGUCAUCUUAGCAGACUACACUGGGGUGGGCUUGUCCCAGGCGUCCAAUCCGGGCCCAUUCCUGGCCAAGAAGGUUGUCAGCAUCCUUCAGGAUAGCUUCCCAAUAAGAAUCAAGGCUGUUAACAUCAUAAAUGAGCCCCGGAUUUUCAAAGGGAUCUUUGCGAUAAUUAAGCCUUUUUUGAAGGAGAAGAUGGCAGAGAGGUACGUUCUCAAUGGGUCAGACCUGCGCUCUCUGCACCGCAACAUCCCUCGAUCCGUCCUGCCUGAGGAGUAUGGUGGGGUAGCCGGCCACCUCGACAUGUCAGCCUGGUCGAAGACAUUACUGGACUCUGAGGAAGAGUUUAUAGUGGAGUUCUGCCAGCCAGAUCCUCUAGAGGGCGUAGUUCUCCCAGACUCCAUGCUGUUUGAAGGGCAGCAGUCUGGUGGUGCUGCCCAGGAUGAUGACACCUUCAGGGGGCUACGCUCUCAGCUCUACUACUGUUACUGAUACUGACCAUCACCUCUCUCUCGUUAAACUACUGUGAGGAUACUAGCCUGGUCCCAGAUGUAUUUGUGCUGUCUUGCCAACGCCUAUAGUCAUUUAUGUGACAAUGGCCAUAGAAGUUGGUUAAACAGCACAACUAGAUCUGGGACUAGGCUAUGAGAACACUACUGUUUCUUUUGAAACAUUUAUCUAUGUUUUAUCAUGUUCCCAUGGGGCAAGUUUUCAAUGUUAUUUAGUAGAAAUGUUAUUCACUACAGGAGGAACUAAAUAGUCGUCUGGGCCCAUAUUCAAAAAGCGUCUCAGAGUAGGGGUGCUGAUAUAUGAUUGGUUUUUACCUUUGAGAUCAUAAUUUUAUACAAUUAUAUGGACAUGGGAGACGCUUUACGAGUUCAGGGCCUACUACAUGGCCAAGCAUAAGGCAGCUUCAGGUUCUGGCAAAGAGGCUUAAUAGGAGCUGCCUCUCGGUUUCAAUUUCCAGUGUUACAUUUAUUUCCUAUAGAGGAAGACGAUCAACUGUGCCCAUUUGAAAUGCCACUCACUUCCGCUUUCUCCUUCAUUUCUCAGAAUACAUGUACUGAGGCUGUUCCUGUUAGACUUCCUCUGCAUGGUCAUAUUCAAACACCAUGUUGUAGCCUUACCGCAUCCAUACUUUGCCUUUAAUCUAUUUUCGAUAAUGAUAGAUGUGCAAGGGGUUAUGAAUGGGGUUUAAUUUGUAACCAUACAAGUUGCCACUUUUAUCCAAAGCAACUUACAGUGCAAUGAGUGGAUAGCCUACAAUUUUAGCAUGUGUAUGUGAUCCCUGCAGGAAUUGAAACCAGGGAUGAACUUGCCAUCGGUGGUGCCACGCAAUUACUAACUGAGCCACUCAAGACCUGUAAUGUCUGAGUUACUGAGAGCCCUAGCCUACAGUAUGACAUGUGCAUUCGUUCUUAUUAAGACACAUUUUACUAGUCCUGAUCAGUUAAUACAGCCUGGCUUCAAGGACGUAACAUAGUAAACAUAAAUCUGUAACACUCAAAUUACAGUAGUAUGAUAUGUUACAUUUGGUAUGGUAACAUAAGACCAAAGGUUACUUAAGCCAAAAACUAAAGUGGGGAGGAUGGGUGGGCGUAUAAUGCAAACGUCUAGCAACCCAAAAGGUCACGUGUAUCGAACCACAACUACUGCAACUACUUAGCAUGUUAGCUAGCUAACCCUUCCCCUAAACUUAACCUCUAGCCUAGCUAACGUUAGCCACAACAAAUUGGAAUUCGUAACAUAUCAUACGUGCCGCCAAUUUGUAAGACAUUGCACGAAUUGCAAUUCGUGCAAUUUUACAAUGACGGCCAAACCCUCCACUAACCCGGACGACGUUGGGCCAAUUGUGCGCCGCCCUAUGGAACUCCCGAUCACGGCCGGUUGUGAUACAGCCCAGGAUUGAACCAGGGUCUGUAGUGACACCUGAGAUGCAGUGCCUUAGACCACUGCACCACUUGGGAGCCAAUAUAUUAAAUGGAGGGAGACAGGUUUGUGUUUACUAUGUUACAUCUACCCCGGAGUCCAGGUUGGUUAUUUCACGUUCAUCAUGAUUUGAUUUCACCCACUAGCAUUGUAGAUAGUGGAUAGUUCUAAAAUAGUAACGACAGUAUUACAUAUUAACGUCACCAUAACUGACAUUUAGCUACAUGAAAUGGCCUUGUUAAUGCAUUGUUCUAGACAAGUUUCAAUCCACAGACAGAUAAUUAUUUUCAUAUUUACAGACAGAUACCUGCUUUAUGUUUUCUUUGCAUUAUACCAAUAGUGACAACACUUCGGGCUGGUUUCCUGGACACAGAUUAAGCCUAGUCCUAGACUAAAAAGGAUGUUCAAUGGAAAUUCUCCAUUAGUACAGAACUAGGCCUAAUCUGUGAUUUGAAAACCAGCCCAUAAUGUUCUGUUUUAAUCUCAACCCAGGGUACAGAAGCCAGUUCUAUGGGGGACCCCACCCAGCAACACUGGAGCUAUAUUUCAGUUUUUGCCAAAUAUUAUUACCACAGGUCAUUUAGAGAUUAGGUUAUAUUGCCACCAAGAAUGUGCAAAGCUGUCAUCAAGGCAAAGGGUGGCUACUUUGAAGAAUCUCAAAUAUAAAAUAUAUUUUGUUUUGUUUAACACUUUUUUGGUUACUACAUGAUUCCAUAUGUUAUUUCAUUGUUUUGAUGGCUUCACUAUUAUUCUACAAUGUAGAAAAUAGUACAAAUAAAGGAAAACCCUUGAAUGAG